AUGCGGUCUGGGCAGCGUAGAAGCGGUUUGGGGCAGCUGGAGGAGGACCGCAAAAGCGGUAUUGGAACCGCAUGCGAGGUCGCAGAUGCGGUCUGGGCAGCGCAGAAGCGGUUUGGGGAAGCUGGAGGAGGACCACAGAAGGGUCGACCGCAGUCUCCACUUAGUCGUAACCCUAGCAGUAAUCAUGUUGAAAACACAACUGAAAAUAUAGAAUUAGAGGGUGGAAAAGGAAAAAAUAUUAAUGCCGCGUUAGUUGAUGAAACUCCCUACCUGUCAUUACCCGAUACAAAUUCCAAACCAGUCAUAGAAGAUGUUCCUGUGACUGAUAAGGGAAAAGGUAAAGUUGUUGAGGAUUCUGAGUUAGGGGGAAGCCGACGUGAAUCCGUGCCUGAAUCAGAGAUUCAACCAGUAGAUGUUGAUUGUAGCGAUGAUUCUCAGUUAAAGAAGAGAAAAAUUGGUGUCGCACCCAAGAAGUUAUACUUUGCAUUAGAUGAUUUUGUACGUGAUCUAGUAUUUAGGCCAGUUGAUAGUGGUGGGGAGAAGCAAGUAUGGAAGGAAUGGGACCGUUGUUGGGAUUUUCUUGUGCCUAUUGACUUAGAUUAUAAACCAAAGGUUGAUUGGGAUACCAAUUGCCAUGUUAUUCAUCAAUUGAAAGCGAAUUUAUCAAAGCGGCAACUUCGACUGUUUAAGAAAACAUGCUUUGGCUAUUUUUUGGAUCUGCCACCAGUGAUUGUGCAGAUUCGUGUUAUGCACCAUUUGCUUAUGAGAGAAGUACAUCAUGAGGUUAAAAAUGAGAUGCGGUUUGUAGUGAAUGAUUCUAGGUUGCGGUUUGGCUUGGGUGAAUUUGCACUUGUUACUGGGUUGAAAUGUAAGGGUGGUACAAGUAUAGAGAGCAUAGCAGAGAAUAGGUUGAUUUCAAAAUAUUUUGGGACUGCAUCCGUGACAUUUGCCCAACUAGCAGACUGUUUUAAGAAGAAGAAAUGGGAAACGGAUGAUGAUGCGUUGAAGAUAGCAGUUCUGUAUUUUGUCAACAACUUCUUAUUUUCUCAACUCAAAACAAAGGCUAUUUCACGGUCUUACAUUGACUUGGUUGAGUCUGGUGAUUUUAAUAAUUAUCCCUGGGGUAUAGAUGUUUAUAAAGCUACAAUUGACUCGUGUUCCAACAAGUUUCAAGAUAAGCCUUCUUUUUAUAGACUUGGUGGCUUCCCGUUGGCUUUACAGACUUGGUUGUAUGAAUGCUGCCCAAGUUUGGAUGGUCACUUUGCUGAUCAUCUUGGAAACAACAAACUUCCACGAAUUUUGAAAUGGGCAGUCAUGGGUCAAAUCCCGAAUGAGCGAGUUGCUUUGCAAAUGUGUAGCUUGCAACGCAAGCAGCUAAAGAACAUCACCCCAACUGAUGAUGAGAAGAAACAAUUUGAUCCAACCCGAUAG